AUGGAAGUCAGAAUUGGGGACGCCAAAACGACUGCGGCGUUGGAGCAGGACGGCCAUUUGCGCUGUUUGUUGAUGCUCAAGUACAAGCACCGUGACCGGCACUCCGUGCCAUCUAUCGCAUGGGCGAGAAGGAAGGCCGAAGAGGUCAGCCGGGGACUACUGAACGGGGCAGGUUUGGACCCCGAGACCGCCAAUUUCACGGUGUCUAUGAACAUGGUGUCACUCGGCGAACGCCGCCAUCACUCCUACAUAUGCUACGAUCUCUACCUGGAGAAGUGCAGCAGCGAAACCCGCGAUACGAUUGACCGGAGCACUCGGCGGCCAAUCCAUGUGAUCUCGAAGAGGGGCGACGUCCUCAUUGCGCGCAGGGACCCCAAAUUGGACGAGGAUGUUGGUGCGCGCUAUGAGGGCUUUCAGGAAUUGGACAAAGGACCGCGACCAUACUUUUCCGACUCUGAGAAUCCACCGCUCUACAAUAUGGCCCUGGGCAGACGCGUCGAAGAGCCUUGGGUCAAGGAUGCCGACAACAACGUCGAGGAUGACGUCGAGGAUGACGUCGAUGAUGGCAAGGAUUAUGGAGACGAGGGCGAGGGCGAGGGCGACUGGAGACCCGAUCAAGGUCGAGAGGAUGGGAAAGGCUCUAACGCGCAGACGGCCGAGGCUGAGACUUAG